UUUUCUUUUAUUUUAUUUUACAUUUCCUCUGAGAAGGAGACACAGACACAGACACGCACACACAAACACAGAGAAAUAAGGGAAAGAAAAGUACCAGGACUUAUCGUGCCGCUGCAAACCCAGAGAUAGCAGACGAAGAGGGGGGUUGGCUUCUACCCCAAGGUAAAGCCCUGCCCCCUUUACCUCUUCACCACCUCCUCCGAGAAAGAAAAGGAGAGAGAGAGAGAAGGGGGCAAAGUGGAGAACAGCAGGUCUUCUGCGGCUGGCAUUGGGAGUACAGGGAGCCAGGAAGUGAAGGAUGCUUGUGGUUACCCGAGCUGGCUGCAGGGCAGCUCUCUUCCUCUGGAUUUUCAGCAGCAUUAGCUGCAGAGCCAGGACCGCUCUGCCUGCAUCUCAGAAGUGUGAUGAGCCUUUGGUCUCAGCAUUACCCCACUCCUCCUUCAGCAGUUCAUCGUCUAUGACAAGCAGCUAUGUACCCGGGUAUGCCAAGUUAAACAAGAGAGGAGGUGCAGGAGGUUGGUCUCCAUCAGACAGUGAUCAUUAUCAAUGGCUGCAGGUGGAUUUUGGGAACAGGAAGCAGAUCAGUGCUGUUGCAACUCAAGGCAGGUACAGCAGUUCUGACUGGGUCACUCAAUAUCGGAUGCUCUAUAGUGAUACAGGAAGAAACUGGAAACCAUACCACCAAGAUGGAAAUAUCUGGGCAUUUCCUGGAAAUACAAACUCUGAUAGUGUGGUCCGGCAUGAUUUACAACAUCCAGUUAUUGCUCGCUAUGUACGGAUAGUUCCUUUGGACUGGAAUGAAGAGGGACAAAUUGGGUUAAGAAUUGAAGUCUACGGCUGCUCCUAUUGGGCUGAUGUUAUCAAUUUUGAUGGCCAUGUAGUGUUACCAUACAGAUUCAGGAACAAGAAAAUGAAAACACUGAAAGAUGUCAUCUCUCUGAAAUUUAAAACCUCUGAAAGCGAAGGUGUAAUCUUCCACGGAGAAGGACAGCAAGGAGACUAUAUCACCUUGGAACUGAAGAAAGCCAAGCUUGUUCUAAAUUUAAAUUUAGGCAGCAACCAGCUUGGCUCUAUUUAUGGCCACACGUCCGUGAUGACAGGCAGCCUCCUGGAUGAUCACCACUGGCACUCCAUCAUCAUAGAGCGCCAUGGGAGAAACAUCAAUCUCACCCUUGACAGACACAUGCAGCACUUCAGAACCAAUGGAGAAUUUGAUUACUUGGACCUGGAUUAUGAGAUAACCUUUGGAGGCAUGCCAUUUUCCGGGAAGCCAAGUUCUAACAGUAGGAAAAAUUUCAAAGGCUGCAUGGAGAGCAUCAACUACAAUGGCAAUAAUAUCACUGACCUUGCCAAAAGGAAGAAAUUGGAACCUUCUAAUGUGGGAAAUUUAAGUUUUUCUUGUGUGGAGCCACAUACAGUGCCUGUCUUUUUCAAUGCAACCAGUUACCUUGAGGUUCCUGGUCGUCCAAGCCAGGACCUGUUUUCAGUCAGUUUCCUUUUCCGAACCUGGAACCCCAAUGGACUUCUUGUCUUCAGCAACUUUGCAGAUGACCUGGGGAACGUUGAAAUCGACAUAAAUGAGGGCAAAGUCAGCGUCCAUAUCAAUGUCACCCAAGUGAAGAAGAACCGAAUAGACAUCUCAUCAGGCUCUGGUCUCAAUGAUGGGCAGUGGCAUGAAGUCCAAUUCCUAGCUAAGGAAAAUUUUGCUGUCCUCACCAUUGAUGGCGAUGAAGCUUCAGCUGUGCGAACAAACAGCCCUCUACAAGUCAAGACUGGAGAGAAAUACUUCUUUGGAGGGUUUCCUGUACAGAUGAAUGACUCGGAUCACUCGCUAUUCCAGCAUUCAUUUCAAGGGUGCAUGCAGUUUAUUCAUGUGGAUGAUCAGCUAGUGGAUUUACACGCAGUGGAGCAAGGCCAACUGGGAAGCUUUGCCAAUGUCACCAUUGACAUGUGUGCCAUAAUUGAUCGGUGUGUGCCCAAUCACUGUGAACAUGGUGGCAAAUGCACUCAGACGUGGGACAGCUUCAAGUGCACUUGCGAUGGAACUGGAUACAGCGGUGCCACUUGUCAUAACUCUAUUCAUGAACUCUCUUGUGAAGCAUACAAACACUUGGGCAAAACUUCAAAUUACUACUGGAUAGAUCCAGAUGGCAGUGGGGCACUGGGACCUUUGAAAGUUUACUGCAACAUGACAGAGGAUAAAGUAUGGACAACUGUGUACCAUGAUCUGCCAAUGCAGACUUCCGUGGGAGUACAGUUAUCUGUACUGCAGCUCAACUACAGUGCAACGAUGGACCAGAUUUCUGCCAUUACCAGUAGUGCUGAAUACUGUGAGCAGUUCAUCUCCUAUUCUUGCAAGAUGUCCCGGUUGCUGAAUACACCAGAAGGGAAUCCAUAUACCUGGUGGGUUGGCAAAGCCAAUGAGAAGCACUACUACUGGGGUGGAUCAGGACCUGGCAUUCAAAAAUGUGCCUGCGGCAUUGAACGCAACUGUACAGAUCCCAAGUACUACUGCAACUGCGAUGCUGACUAUAAGCAAUGGAGAAAAGACACUGGGAUGUUGUCAUAUAAAGAGCACCUACCAGUGAGUCAGAUAGUGGUUGGAGACGUUGACCGGCCUGGAUCUGAAGCCAAGAUAUCUGUGGGUCCCGUGCGUUGUCAAGGAGAUCGGAAUUACUGGAAUGCAGCUUCUUUUGUUACUUCAUCAUCCUACCUUCACUUCUCCACCUUCCAAGGGGAAACCAGCGCAGACAUAUCCUUCUACUUCAAAACAUCUGCUUCAGAUGGGGUGUUUCUUGAGAAUCUGGGGAACACUGACUUUAUCAAAUUGGAGCUGAAAUCUGCUACAGAGGUUUCCUUUUCAUUUGAUGUUGGAAACGGGCCUGUGGAAAUCGUCGUUAGAUCUCCCAACCAGCUCAAUGAUGAUCAGUGGCAUCGUGUCAAUGCUGAGAGGAACGUCAAGCAAGCCAGCCUGCAGGUAGACCAGUUACCCGUGGAGGUCCGGAAAGCACCAACAGAAGGCCACACGCGGCUGGAAUUGUACAGCCAGCUCUAUGUCGGUGCUGCGGGAGGCCAGCGAGGCUUCCUGGGUUGCAUUCGUUCAUUAAGGAUGAACGGAGUGACACUGGACCUGGAAGAGAGAGCGAAAGUCACGCCAGGGGUGAAGCCCGGCUGCUCUGGCCACUGCACGAGCUAUGGGAUGUACUGUGCCAACGGUGGGAAGUGUGUUGAGAAAUACAACGGCUACUCCUGUGACUGCUCCAGAACUGCCUAUGAUGGACCAUUUUGCAUUAAAGAUGUUGGAGCUUUUUUUGAAGAGGGAAUGUGGCUUCGUUACAACUUCCACUCCCCAGGGACUAGCAUGAAGGAUUUAGUGAGCCGAACACUUUUGAGUUCUCCAGAUACUGAGACCACAGAGCCUGACCUGAACUUGAAUAAAGAAGAGCUCAGCUUCAGCUUCAGUACCACCAAGUCCCCCUGUGUUUUAUUGUACGUCAGCUCCUACACCCAGGACUUCAUGGCUGUGCUUGUCAAGCCGUCUGGGAAUCUGCAAAUCCGGUACAGCCUUGGAGGCACCAAAGAGCCAUAUAACAUUGACGUCGACCACAGAAACAUGGCUAAUGGACAGCCUCAUACUGUUAACAUCACACGAAACGGACGGGACAUAGUACUGCAGCUUGAUCACUAUCCUCCAACAAGUUACAGCCUGCCAGCAGCAUCUGAUACUCAGUUCAAUUCCCCAAAGGCGCUAUUCCUAGGAAAAGUAAUAGAAAUUGGGAAGAUUGACCAAGAUAUAUAUAAAUACAACACCCCAGGAUUCACUGGCUGCCUAUCGAGAGUACAAUUCAACCAGAUUGCUCCGCUCAAAGCAGCUCUGAGACCUACCAACGUCUCCUCUCACGUCCACAUCGAAGGAGAACUGGUGGAAUCCAACUGCGGAGCAUCUCCACUCACCAUCCCACCAAUGUCGGCCGCUACUGACCCGUGGCACUUAGACUCAGCCAGCGCUGAUUUCCCAUACAACGGUCAAGCUAUAGGAGAUGGAGUUAACAGGAACUCUGCCAUUAUUGGAGGUGUCAUCGCAGUGGUGAUCUUCACCAUCCUCUGCACCUUGGUGUUCCUGAUCCGCUACAUGUUCCGCCACAAGGGAACCUACCACACCAACGAGGCCAAAGGGGCAGAGUCAGCUGAGAGCGCCGAUGCUGCCAUCAUGAACAAUGACCCCAACUUCACAGAGACCAUCGACGAGAGCAAGAAGGAAUGGCUUAUCUAAGCGCAGGGGGACGGGGCCUGGGGUGGGAUACAAGCUGGGCCAGGGUGGGACUGGGAUGACUUUUACAGUGGGGAGAGAACACUGUGCGUCAGACGCUUGAGCACACGUACGGUAAAAAGAUCAGCACAACUGGAGGAGCAAGUGACAGGAAAGCCUCACUGAGACUGGAGGAAAAAACAAGAAUAUCUCAAGCAUUUAAGAAAAAAACACUUUUCCAUAUUUAUUAACAGCGAAUUGCCCCUUCCGUAUCAAACAACUACAACAAAGAGCAGUUUUGCAGCGUCAGCAUUGGUUUCAGUUUUGAGUAAUACCUGUCUGUUUCUCUGUGUGUUUAGAAGUGUUCUGGAUACCCGCAGUGAGCAACGGGGCUGGUUUCUUACAUGUUUUAAAAGCUGUUUCAAUCAUGGGUAGUCCUGUCCUGAGAACAUGUGCCAGACCUUUCUUCCCACUGUUGUGUUCCUUCAUGAGCACUUCCACCUCCCCACAGGCUGCCCCCAGCCCUGCACCUUGACCAUGUCACCAUUCAUUUUGGUGGUGUUGAAGGGAGGGCUCAGGGCUGGGGGUAAAGCAGGGGGUGAAGAUUAAUGCAGACCUAACUCACCAGUUUCUCAAUGUAUCAUCAGCCCUGACAGGAUCCAUCUUCCUGACCCAGGCACUUUGUUGAUUGCAUACAAUUCUCAUCAGCAAUGUAAAAGUAGUGUUACUACAACUGCUAAUACUACCACCAGAGAGAAUGAUCACAAAGCACAGGAAGCUGUGGGGUGGGGGGGGUGGGGGGGUUGUAUUAUUAUUGUUGUUAUUAUUUUGUUGGUCUCUAAGGGAGGUUGAUGCUGUGUGAGUCUGUUCCUGUAUCUUUGGCUAUGGCACUGUUGACCUGCGACACAUGCCAGUUAAAACUCGGCUCUGCCUGUGGCAUAUUGGCAUAUACAGUACUUAGGCGUAAGCAUUGUAGUAGGGAAUUAGAGCCAGACUUUGUUUGUUUCUGUUUCUUUUUUUAUAGGCUGUUGAAGAAAUAUUAGUACAGCUCUAGUCAAUGCAUUUGAACCCAUGGCCUUCACAUAAUACUUUUUUCCAGCUCUACAGAGCAGUUUAUUCUUUAAACCCUUUGUUUCAGUCCCUUUGCAAGGAAAGCCUCUGCUGGCAGUGUUCACGCAGGCAGGAAGGUGAGGCAAAGGAGGCUUGGAAACCAGAGAGCAUGUGAGGAACACACAGGACACAGUGGAGAGUUUCUUUUCAACGCAGAGAUUUACCUGAACUGUUUUGCUGAAAGGCCUUUUUAAGAACAGCAAGGCCAAUGCUAAGUGCAGCAUCGCACCCCGUGUUCCCUGUCAGACUGGUGAAGUUGUAGGUGUGACUUGAGAAGCAGUGUAGGAAAGGCAAAGAGGCAGCCUGAAGACCUAAAUCGUUUGAUGGCAAUAACAUAGUUUUAGCUUGUCCUCUUGUAGCGGAGCGUGGUUCUCCAGUGGUCUGAUUUGACAGGAAUUUAAGGCCUUAAUGGGCAGGUUUUUGCAGUGGAACAGAAUGAAGGAAUGAAUGUAUUGUGGGGCAUUUGGUGUGUGCUGAAAGAACAGAAACAACACCAGGACUUUCCCUUUAAAGGUAUUUAUGCUCAUGACAGUCUCAGAGUUGCUUUAAUAUUGCUGGGUUUUGUAUGCACUGAUUUAAUCCAUUUUUCUGUACAAGAAGGAUUUAUUUCUCACCCAGAUCUGCAAUCUACUAGGCUAAGCAGUGCUGGCAUCUGAAAUUUCCUUAUCAUCUUUUUUGGUUGUAUCUUUCAUUAUUCUAGUUGGUGCAUUAAAAUGAACAAGAAGAAAAAUCGUGGAGGGAGAAGAAAAUACUGGAGUCUUACAGACAGUAAAUUUAUAAGCACAAUUUAUCAGACAGACAAGGCCAGAUAUUAAGGUGUAUGUUAAAGGUAUUAAGGACAGUAGCCUAAAGUCCUCUUCUGGGUUCACUGAACACACAUAUCAGAGCAAAUCAAGCCCAUUGAUUUAUUCUCUUUAUGGAUUUGGAGUUAGCAUGCAAAAAAAGUUGCCAGUUUCAAAAAUAAUUACUGUUUCUCAGGUAACCUUAUAUGGCAGAGGGGGUCGGGUAGGCACAAAAAUCACCUCUGUCACUCUUGUGCUCUUCAGUCUUUUGCCUUGCCUCCAGUAUUAACGUCUAGGGAGAGGUUUAAUCGAGCAGAUGAGUCCUCAUUCUUGUUUAAUCGUGGGUGCAAGAUUAGUCUCCACCCUUGGAGAGUUAUCAGCAUGGGAUGGAUCUAGCCUGCACCACUAACUACCCAACAAAAUACAGAACAAUCACAGAUGUCUUUGUAGGAUUGAAAAGGCAUUCUCUUUUCUGUAGUAUUUUAUGUUUAUUUUAAUGGUAUUUUAGUCCACUCUGAAAAACAUCCUUGCUUUUAACUUGCAGGUUACAAAGAGAAGUGAAUAUACCAUUGUUUGCAUAGAUUGGGAUUUGGUUUGCAGCACAAAGUUACUUACUACUCUCGACUUAAUGUGUGGGAGGAGGAUCAGAUUUAUGUGUCCUGAGAGACCAGAGUUCUCUGCUGCUUCAUGCAGGAGAGACAGGCUUAACAGCCACCAUGCAAAGUUGCCAAAUGCCUCAGCAUAGCCCUAGCUCAGUCUCUGUGCCUAACCAGGUCCUCAGUGAAGGCAGGGACACUUGUCUGGGUUAUGGUAGUGAGGAGUCACACAUCUAUUUACUGGUUUUCUAAAGGAUUACCAGCUGAUCUCCCACAACCCUUGGAAUCAAGAAUUUCUGGACAAUAACAUUUGACCAUUGCACAAGCAAUAGCUGUAAAUUAGUGUCUUAAAUCUGAAAGCCAGGUGAUUUCUGAAAUCAAGCAUGCAAGCAUCUGCAUCUCUCCAUUGACUGGACACCAUGGGCCUCUUCAUGUGAAGUUCAUCAGUGCUACGUUAAAAUGUUGAUAAUCUUGUUGCCAUUAUUUUCAUGAUACACUUUAAUAACUCUACAAAUUCUUUUUGUUAUUAAAAUGAUUGUUUCUUCUUAAACUGGACCUUAGUCGUGAUAUUGUAGACUAGCAGCUGGUCUCUGUAUAGGCAUUUGGUGACUGUAGGUGAAUUCCUGCCUGUCUGUAUUUCAUUGUUGAGAAUGACACAUGUUUAAUGACAGGCAGUGGUCAUUCAGCAGCCUAGCUCGAUGAAGCAGGAGCAGGCUCCAAGUAGUGUGUGUAUUUUGCUAGCACUACGUCUGUGCUGAAGAUUUCUUCCUCUGCAAGUCUGUUACUGAAGGCUGAAACAACAUCUGUAGUUUACUUCACCCACUCUUACUUGUGCCAGAAAUGCAUGUCAUUUAGCAAGUACUAUCCAUAUGCUUGUAGUGGGGAAAUACGUUGGAGGGGAGAGUAAAUCCUGCUUGUAUAAAACUCAGUAAGAACAUCAGAAUAAUCAGCCUUUUAUCACCUCUUUUUAGCUGCUUCACUGAUUUGAAUGGUGCAGGAAAAUGUAGCUGCUGUACCGGUUGGGAAACCAAGGUGUCCCAGUUGUGUUUCUAAAAGGCUCAUUCCUGAUUCCACAAGAAUUAAUGGGUACCAGUGGUGGGGAGAGCAAGGCUGGGCUGGAGGCUCGGACACUCAGUGUUAGUUAAAUAAUGUCAGCAACAUUUUGGAUCCUCAUUCACAACACAUACAGACCACGGAGCAGCAAAGAGCCAAAAUGAUGGAAAGCUGAUUUUGAUGUCAGCCCAGCCUCAAGAGCAAAGCUGCAGUCCAGUGUGGCAGUUUUGAAUCAGGUCUUUCACACUCUGCUUAUUCCAGAUUCACUGAUAGGAAAUUCAGAUGCGUUACAUAGGAAUAUUUAUCUUUAAUUGGUACUGGAGUAUUUCUACUUUGUCUUUUUCCCUUCUUACGCAUUAUGUAUACCUUUUAUAUCUCCUCUAGCAGUUACCACUUCAAAGGUAUGGCAGCAUUUUAAUAUCAUGCUCUAGGUAGCCUGAUGUAUGUGCAAGGAUGGUCAUCAUAAAUAUUUCAUUCAGACUGUCAAAGCACUGGUGUACACGUACAAGUUUGUUGUAGUGAUAAGAAUUCAGCUCAAGAGACUAGUAAAUAAUUACAUUUUAAUUAAAACAGUGUCCUUUUAUGGCAGAUGCAUCUAAUUUCCAGGGUAGCUGCUGCAGUGUGGAGCUAUCUCAGCUUGACAAGCAAGAGCUUUUCAUAUGAACAAUUUUCCAUUUCAUCAAGCAUGGUGAUGCUGAAAAGGGUGUCCUUUCUGAAAAGGAGAACCUAAACUCUGUUAAUCAGAUUUCAUUAUCCAUCCUAGAGAAACUAAACAGAAACCUUGCCUUCUAAAAGCAACAGCAUGUAAAGUAGAAUGAAAGGACAACACAUAUGUAUGCCUGAUACCUUCUAUGAAUGUCUUUCCUUUCAACUAAAGUUCUGUUAGAAACCAGAUUGGUAAAUUUUAAACAAGAAAAAAGGAAAUUCAAAGCAGUUUUCAUUCCUCUGACAGCUGUUUCCUUGUGUUUUAUAUAUUCUGAUCAUUGUCUAUAUGUUUUCCUCCUAGUACCAGGCAAUCAAUUUGGAAAAGACAGAAGCUGGAAAGUCCUCUUAAGACAAGACUCCCACAGUACAUGAAAAAAGGGACUUCAAAAUGCAUUUGUGCACAGGAAGAUAGGGUGCUAAAAUCAGGGAAGAUUCACUGAAAUGAAAGUAUGUUCCUCCUGCAUUAGGCAGCCCCUGAUUACCUGUUACAGAGGAGAAUCUCAGGCGGUGUAAAUCUAUUCUUGUUGAGGUGGGCUGAGGGUAGGGAUUUGGUAGAAAUGGAGUGACUGCCUUGCUGAUGUUUUCCCCUUUCUUGUCACUUUGCAGAUAGCAGUAAGCGGUCUGCCAUCAUUUUUGCUAUUGCAGGCUCUGUGGCAUUGCCAGCUUCACAAGAGGUGGACACUACAAAUGGCUGAGUGUGGGUGGUUUGCCUUCUUUUCCUACCAUAGCUCUCUCCUUUCUUUUAUGAAUGUGAGCCUUUUAUUGAAGUUGUUAAGAAAAAUGUAUGUCAGCUCAACAGACUUGUGUCUGUUCUUUUUAAUAAACUACCUUAUCAGGCUUUAAAAAAGUUUUUAUGAUGUGAAGCAUUUUAUAAAAGAACUAUGUUAAGUGCACUUGAAUGGGAGAAUGUGAAAUCUAGGCAAAGAAGCAUCAGUGCAAAACCAGCUGAGUCUGUGACUGUGCUUGUACCAGUCUGUUGCUCUGAAUGCAGUGUGAGUUGCCUUAACCACCGACUCAAAGCACUGUCCAAGACCUUAACUUCCUUUGUGGAAUAUAAUAGUGGCAGAAGUCCUGUUGUGAUGCCUUGUAGCCAUGUUUUGACCAUUCAUUUGUACUGACGGUUGUAACCCCUAAGAGAGUCAUGCUUUCUGCAGGGAUAUUUUUUAUUUAUAUAGGAAAGCUGUAGAAUAAAGAGAUGGGAGUGAAGGUUCAAGUUUAAAGCACUUCUGAUAUUUGUACACUGGGACACAGAGAAGAGUCUUUGCUUCUUGCUGUCACCCAGUGUGUCUAACUGCAGCUAGAAGUGUGUGUCCAUGCACACCUCUGAAACCUGAGGCUAUUCAAGAUACAAUGUCUAGAGCUCCUGGGUAAUUACUGCCAGUGUGGGUGGGUAAGAUGCCAAACUUGCUUCAAACCCAUGAGUCUGCAGUGCUGCCAGAAGCACUCACUCUUGAAAUCAAGAAUCAAUUUUGGAGAUGAACUUAAACCUUGCCCUACAGUAGUAAGCACAUACAGCGCCCCAAACGAGAGCAGGCUUGGACCUGGUUACUGAAAAGCAUUUACUCAACAAUCCGUAACACAGUUCUUUCAACACCCUAUUUAACUCUGACUUUCACAUAUAAGCACACUUCUUGAAGAACAAUCAAACCCCUGAUUAUGGUAGGGGAAGAAAAGUGGCCAAUCCAUGGCUUCAUCACAAAUGGAGGGUUUUUUUCAAAUGACUUAACGUAAAAAAGCAGUUUGAUACCAACAGGCUCUUUCACAGAGACUUGUGACCAGUUUUCUGUUCUUAAAACAUCUUAAGAGAAAAGUUAAGCAAUUAUUCCACAUGGUGCAAAGCACAACUAGAGCUGCUUCUGUGAAAAAGAGGUAAGAUACAGUCUGCAAAUACACGUAGAAGCAAGUAACAAAUGUAGUGCAUCCAGUUCCUUCUGUGAUGCAGCAGCUUCCAAUAAUGCCUAUUUACACUCCCACUGCUAUUUUUUCCUUAAUGGAAAAACAUCUGGAUUAAAUGACAAAUACAGAAGUGCAUUCACUUCAUUUUACCAUAGAUUAAUGUUCUCACUUAGUAUGUAACAGGGUGAUAGGGAAUAGCAAAUGGUUAUUUCCUCAGAUUUCAUAGCAGUAAUUCUGCUGGCUCCAAGGGUCAGUGAUGUACUGUCACUAUAUUAAUUAUUAGAACAUAGAGGUACUUAUACUGGUAGUACUAAACAACUGGCACUCUGGAUUCUAGUAAAGGCCUUCUCUGAGAAGACUUAUUUAUUGAAAACCCAUGUCAAGGCAGGUGACAUUUUCAGACGAGAAAGAAAAGUGAAUUACUGGAAUGACAUUAGAGCAGAAGCCAUUUGAGGGGCUGUUUAGCAUACUGAACAAAAAAUUAUACCUGAAGGAAAGUCUUUUUGCCUUCUCAUUAGGGAUUUGGUACAGGUACCGUGCUGCGGCUAGUCACAGAUCACCAUGUGCAUGUGCAUUGCCUUUUUAGUCAAAAUGUUUGAGUUUCUUUCACAUGCUUUAAAACAUGUUGUAAGAACACAGCUGAAGAUGCGGAACUGAAGCAAGCUGCCCUAAUCUGCUGGUGAGAGCACAGACCCACAAGUCCCAGGCUCUCCUAUCUGCUGCUCUGUCCCAGAUGUGUUGCUGCCUGUCCCUGUCUGUUGUCCCUUUUCCCCAAGUCUUACAGAACCACAGAACAGCCCAAGUUGGAAGGGAACUCAAAAGACCUUCUGGUCUAACCGCUCAUGGCAAAGGGACCCUAGAUGUGAUGAUCUAGCAUCCUGUCCAGUCACUUGUUUUCCCCCACUAACUCCAUUUUCAGGGUGGGAGGCUAACAACAGGCUCUUGUUUAAGACAGACUGAAAGAGUCACUGGAACAAGUCAACGCACUCUGGAGUCAGCCAGGCAGCAAUAACUUCAGAUGAGUUAUGUGAGGUGGAAGUAGGCUUCAUCUGCGAGAUUUCCAGCUCAACAGCUCUCCUACAUUUAGUCAUGGCUUUGGUUCAGCAAUGAGCAACCAGCCAAGUCUAUGUAUUAUUUCUUUAAACCCAUGCGGAGGUAACGUAACAUAAAUAAACUUGGCUGAAUAACCACAAGGCAGCCACCCCCUGUAAACUGAUACUUAUUCUCUAAACUGCACAUCCUCAUGCUUAUGGUUUGUGUGUCACUGAAGGAUGCUGACCUUGGCACAGUCAAUAAAUCAUUCACAAGCUGGCCCAACAGCUCUGUGCUGCUUUUUGGUAUGGAUCUCCAUUGGUAAAUGGUUAAAAAUAAAUCUAUGGUUUGCCAUCAUAAAGCACUGGACACACUAUCAGCAGCUACUUGUAAUUUAUUUCUGUUAUAAAAUCAAGGUCUGUCUGCAGGGGGGUUUGUGUGAGGUGCUCUAACGAGACCUUUACCCCUGAAACAUAAACUACUACAAUGGAGCGAGGCAGCAGAGAGAAAUUCCCUUGGUUGCACACCAUGAAACACAACGUAAAGUCCCUUUUGUUACACAGCUCCUGGUAGAGGAGUAAGAUCUCUGCACACAUUUAACAUCUCCUUCUUUCCAAACCACUAUGCACCUCUCCAAGGCCAGCACGGAGAGAAGCUGGCAGUUUGGCAUUUUUUUCCUGUCUUUACUUCAGAAAUGUUCCAUCUCUCUUAUAAAUUCAUCACCUUCCACUAUCAUCUUUAAACUCUUUCCCAGUAAUGCUAGCUACUUUGACCAAGGUGAAGCCUCUCACCUUCCUAAAAUGGGACUAUUGUAGUGGGAGAGUUGUAUGCCACUGAAUUCCUGUCAUCUAUUCAUUUGCAGCUGGGUUUUAUCUGUUUGUGGUACUUGGUGAAUGAAAGGAAAAGUUUGGUUUCUGCCAUCCGCAGCAUUAUUUUAUAACUAACUUGUUUGUAUCUGUUCCAAGCUCACAGCACCAUCUGGCAAAGAGUCUGCAAACAAAGCAGCUGCACCUCGUUCCAUUAAGCACACUCACCUUCUCUUGCUUGGUUCAAAGAGAUAUCAAUACUAAAAUAAAUGUCUAGCAAAAGUCUGCUUCUGUUUUCCUUAGGACCACAGGAUGUCAGAAUUAACCCUCAGCCACCCCUUUCCCUUAUGCCUUUGUGGUACGUAUACAGGGCCUCCAAAGAAAGGAUGCAAAGAUAAUGAUGCUCUAAAAGCUUCUAAUGGGUUUUAGCCUUUGGAGUUUUAAAGGUCCAUCCCAGCAGGGGCAGCACAUCAGCACUCCUGCAGAUUUCAGUCACUGGCACAUCCAAGAAAAUUCUCAACAUUACUUAGUAAAGAAUUUAUUUUCAUUGGAUCAGCAUCUCAGAAACAGAAAAUAAAAUGCUGCUGUAUUUGGAAUACCCGAGAUCCUGUACUUGCCCUAUUGCAACUCCUGUAUUGUGUCUGAUCUUUUGAAGCUCCAACUACAUAAGGAAUCAGAGCCACUUGAAUAAAGGCUAAGGCUCACUUGAUUCCCAUUAACUCUUCAAAGUACUGGCUUUCCACAAAUAUCCUUUGUGUGGUCUUUCUCACUCAUGGUAAGGAGGAUCUUUUGCUCUGCUCUUCAGUGGAUGAAGACCCAUCAGUGGGCUGGGCAGGUGUCACACAGUAUCUUCGGCCCUAGUGAACUGAACCAGUACUGACCUAAUCCUACGUGUGGAUGCCGACCCUAACUAAUAGCGCUUCAUAUCAUAGGGAUUAAACAGAUUCCUCCCCCCCCCCCCGCUAUGGAGUGCUUGGGAUGUGCUCAGUAUGAAGCUUCUUACUGACAUAUAUAAAUAGAGAUAUAGAGAUAAAUAGAUAUUUUUAUGGAAAUGUUUUAUAAGUGCCCUUUACUUUGUGCAUGGUAAUUAUUGCCAAACUCUUGUUAUUUAGGAACUACAGAGUGGCUGGUUCUGCAGUUUAGAUGGCAACCAGCUGUCUCUGUUGCAACGGGGACUUGGGGUAUGGGCUUGGAUUUUGUUUUUUACUAUUCAGCUAUAAUUUGCAUGGUUUGGAUUUGGGUUUUGUCUCAGUGUCUUUUUGUUUGGGUUUAUUUUUCUUUCCUCAUUGGUUCUCUGGCAGGGACAUAUUGGGCUCAAGCAGGAACUUAUACAAAUCACAGUCUUUGAGAGACAGAUUGAAGCUACCGGUGCCAUAUAACUCUUCAGAAUCACCUGCCUUGUAUGGCCUGUGAUGUUGAUCAGUGUUAGGGCCUCAAGACACAGUUUCUUCAGCAAGCUGGUGGGGUUUUCACGUAUAGUGAAGUGCUCCAAUUUCCCUAGCUUUGCUUGACAAGCUAGCAAUGGCUGGGCUAUGGGUAUAGCCUCAUGAGCAGGAAAAGGGGUCAGCAGAGACUAGGACAGGAAUGAGAAUUAAGAAGAUUCAUAAGCACAGCAGUAGUAAGACUGUCAAAAGUGCUACUGAGUCAGGUCAUUUUACUCCUUUUUUGUUUCAAAUGCUCUCUGUUUGUAUGCCAUAUCCGAGUAACACAUCUCCACCAGCCAGCCAGCUCUCAAUAACCUGGGCUCUUGGUUACAGGUAGAAAUGCAGUUGUGCUUUCUUAUCCAUCUCAUUCCUGCUGCUGUGGAGUGGUCUGUACCCGGGAAAGGACCAGGGCCAUUAGCUCUUAGGAAAGUGAAACCAGUCUCGUGUCCCUUCCUUACUAACCAGGUUGCAAGCCAAUCCCAGGGUUCUGUGCCUACAAAGCUGGCCUGAUUUUGUGGCAGGUGAACCAAGACCUUGUCUAUUGGCAGUUAUUCUAGUCCAUAGGUUUCUUUCUUGAGCACAAUUUUCCCAUGGGAAGUAUAACCAGGAUAUGAUGGUUACCCUAUUUAAACAAAAAUGUGUAUAUUAAACCAAAAGAAAACAAAAAAUCCUAAUCUGAAAGUAUAGUGUAUCAGAGAUUCCUCUGUUAUAGACAUUUAGUCUACAGAUUUAUGGCUACAUUUGCUAUGUUAUGCUUGAAUAAACAUAUAAUUCAUUGAACUACACAAGACUGAUAAAAGUAAUACGAUCUCUUUAAGGAGAAUAAACUGUUUGUAAAUUUAUAGAGUAUAAUCUGUUAGGCCUUAUUUGAAGUAUGUACUGUGGUUUGGUAAAAGUACAACAUUAAAAGAGCCUUGCCAGA